GCUGACAACAGAUGACGUAACAGGAGCGAUGUUUUUUUUUUGCAGCUGGACUGAAGAACAACCUUUCUCAGCAGAAACGCUUUGUCAUGUCUCAAACUUUCCCUGCGCGUGUGUGAGACAGCAGUCAUUAGUCAGCAGCACACACAGUUAGAAACAUUUUGUCCUCGUGUGUGGAAGAUUCACCGGAUGCAGUUGCUUUGAAAUACCCAGCUUGCUGUUGUCUCUCUCAGACACAAACACAGUCGCUUCUCGUCUCGUCGAGCCCGUGUCCUUGCUUUCCCAACACCUUUGUUUUUGUGAAAAUGGGUGUUAAUAAAACUUACAUUAGUAUCGGCUAUGCCUCGUUUGGGACGCUCAUGGGGUUUUCUGCUUUCCUGGUGUGGAACAUCGCGUUCAGACAGCCGUGGACUGCAGCCAUGGGAGGACUAUCAGGUGUGCUGGCCCUGUGGACCCUGAUCACUCACGUCAUGUACCUGCAGGACUACUGGAGGACCUGGCUGAAGGGCCUCAAGUUCUUCUUCUUCAUCGGACUCUUCUUCUCUCUGUUAGCGGUUGUGGCCUUCAUCAGUUUCCUGGCUAUUGCCAUCAACAACAAAGAGUCCCUGACUGACCCUCGGAGUCUCUACCUGUCCUGUGUGUGGAGCUUCAUGAGCUUCAAGUGGUCUUUCCUGCUUACCUUGUCCGCCCACCGCUACCGCCAAGAGUUUGCCGACAUCAGCAUCCUCAGUGACUUCUAAGAACACUAAAACAUCGUAGUGACUACACAAACUUUAUUGAACAGCCUGAUGAUGGAGGACACUUUCGGAGGAAUCAGAGGAGAGUUUUGAAUACUUUGUGUCGAGGAUAACACCCUGAGCCCGGUAACUCCCCUGCCUUCAGGGCCUGAACCUCUAUUUUCUUUUUUAAUUAUCGGUGAGGGAUUUGUUGCUGACUGUGCCACUUGAAAACAAAUCCAGCCCUACUUUUAGGAUCCCUGACGGAUUUUAAAUGGUCACUUUCUCAGCGGCUGCCUCGUCAUGCAUCUGCACAAUUUUUUCAUGACAAAAUAUAUCCAAAACAGGCUAAUAUUUUUGUGAAGGGAAUAAUUGCGCCACACCCAUUUAGUGUUCCAGUUUCCGCUGUAGCCACUAGAGGGAGCCAUCCUUUCAACAGUUAAACGCUAUGUUCAGUGUGCGCUUGUCAUCCUAAAUGACAUUGUGUUACAUUUAAUUCUCUCGUUCAAUAAAUGAUGAAGAGCUGCUCAAGUUGCACAGGCAAUGCAUAUGAUGAAAUCUUGAUACAACUAAGCCCUGCUUCAACUAGGUGUAUCGAGGUCUUGCAUUGAAUGCUUUCAUUUUAUAAGCACCACAUUUCCUGCUUUAUAUACAUUAUGGAACCAUGAAGGGGGCAUUUUUAAUAUAAAGAAUGAUUUUUGUAUUAUUUUUAUCAGUGUGAAAAAUAAGUGUGAAGUUGGGCCUUAGUUAUGGCUUUAGUUCGCUAGCAACACUACAUGGCAGCUCAUGCAUGUUGCUUCAUGUUUUAUUUUCUUGAUCUAAACCAAUUAUAACAUUUAUAUUGUUGCUUUAUGAGAUUAUGUGGCUUUGUUCCUUUUAUUUGUCUACAUCCCUAUGUUAAAAAAUGAAGAAAGACAUUGUGUAUCAAUUAACUUUGAGUGUGUGUUUGUAUAAUGAGCGACUGAUAGUCUUGUUAAUAAAAUGUGUUUUUUGAGA